AUGGACGUCGUCAUACUCUUCUUCGGAGUUACAGUUUUAAACACUGCCACGUCUAAUAUCAUACCAACUCCCUUACCUCCUGAACUGACGUGUUGGUGGAACGGAACAGAAUACCAUGAUGGUGAACAUUUCAGCCAAUCUUGUUUUGCCCGGUGUGAAUGCCAAAGGGGACAUAUUUCUUGUAUUUAUGCGGACUGCUCUUUUGAGCCCCCUCCUUGUGCUGACCCGGUUACUCCCAAAUGCGGCUGUCCCCAUUGUCCUAAUGGAGCAAACUGUGGAUAUGGUAAUGUGACUAUUCCUGCUGGUCAGCAGUACAGAGUAGACGAAAGAACUCUGUGUAGCUGUCUGGAAGGAGGGAAACCUGCUCUAUGCAAACCUUUGGGCUGUACGUAUAUGGGGAAGAUGUAUUUUGAAGAGGUCUUUCAUCCAUCACCAUGCUUGGAAUGUCAUUGCAAUGUAUUUACACAUAUCAGCAAUUGUUCUCUCAACAACUGCAUAAUAAAACCACUCGAGUGUGUGGAUGCCGUCGUUGAACCAGGAACCUGUUGUCAUGUCUGUCCAAAUGGGCCGAAUUGUUUUGUUGGAAACAAGAAAAUUUCUGCAGGCACGGACUACAACGAUGGUAGUCAAAUCUGUCGAUGUCCGGAUCCAGAUCACAAUCUACUGUUUGGCAGUAGUAGUGGUCCUCAGGCAGUUUGCAGCCUAAUUGGUCCUGCGCCACCACAUUCUGGUGCUAUAUAA